CCCAAAAUGGCGGCAGGGCGGGGCCGCGGGAGCCGCCAUGCCACGGGCGCCGGCGCUGCUGUGGCUGCUGCUGCCGGGGCUAGCGGCGCUGGAGCCCAUCAGCGUGGGCAUCGCCAUCGGCGCCGCCUCGGCGCUCACCGGCUACCUCUCCUACCCCAGCUUCUACUGCAGCUACGUGGAGUGCUGCCCCGGCGACGGGCACCGCCUCAACGCCACCGCGCUGAGGGCGCAGCUGGACGCGCGGCUCUUCGGGCAGCACCUGGCCAAGGAGGUGGUGCUGAAGGCGGUGGCGGGCUUCAGCCGCAACAGCAGCCCCAAGAAGCCGCUGGCGCUGUCGCUGCACGGCUGGGGCGGCACCGGCAAGAACCUCCUCAGCCAGAUCAUCGCCGAGCACCUGCACCCCGCCGGGCUGCGCAGCAAGUUCGUCCACCUCUUCCUGGCCACGCUGCACUUCCCCCACCAGCACCAGGUCAAGCUCUACCAGGAGCAACUGCAGAAAUGGAUCCAGGGCAAUGUCAGUGCCUGUCCCCACUCUGUCUUUAUUUUCGAUGAGAUGGACAAAUUGCACCCGGGCCUCAUUGAUGCCAUCAAGCCAUUCUUAGAUUAUUACGAGCAGGUUAAUGGGGUGUCUUACAGGAAAGCUAUCUUCAUUUUCCUCAGCAAUGCAGGUGCAAAUUUAAUUAAUAAAGUGGCUCUUGACUUCUGGAGGAAUGGAAAGCAGAGGGAGGAGAUUCAGCUGAAAGACCUGGAGCCAGUGCUUUCUCUAGGAGUCUUCAAUAACAAGAAUAGUGGCCUGUGGCACAGCAGCCUCAUUGACAGAAACCUCAUUGACUACUUUGUCCCCUUCCUGCCCCUGGAGCACAAGCACGUGAAGAUGUGCAUCAGGGCUGAAAUGCUAUCCCGUGGCCAUGCUGUCAAUGAGAACGUUGUUGAGGUGGUGAUUGAUGAGAUGACCUUCUUCCCGAAAGAGGAGAAAAUCUACUCCGAUAAAGGCUGCAAGACUGUACAGGCCAAGCUGAAUUUUCAUUGGGACACUGUGAUGGGAGAUACAAAGGCUGAGGGCUGAUGAGCCUUCACCUCUCCAGAGCACUUUCAGAGAUUUUUGCAAUUUGUAUACUUGCAUUUAAGCUUUUUACUACUGCAAGGAGUAUGAUGAAAAUCCCAGAGUGAGCCAUGUGGGUUUUUAAAUUUUUUUUAUUUUUUUGAAACUUGAAAUCCCUUUGCUCAUCUUGGAACUGGCAGGUAUCCAAAUAUUGCCUCCCCUGCUCCCCCCCUUGAGAAUUUCUAAGCAGAGUAUAUAUAACGCUGGAUACAGCCUCUCCUGCUUUAUUCUUCUAAGUGCUGGGAUUAUUAAAUACUUCAUUUUUCUUCCACAAAAAGUCUAGACUAGAGCAAAGGAGUAAAACAAAGGAGUUCUUCCAGGCAGCUAUACUCCCUUCCUUGUAUGUGGAGGGUCUAGUUCAUGGGCCAGUGAAAUCAAAGGUGGUGUGGCGUAUUUAGGCCUACAAUAGUGUCUGUGGGGGUGAUACUUGAUGCAUGGCCAGUAAGAAGCUGGCGUGCUAGAAGACUCCUUGCUCUUCAGAGCAGAUGGAUGCUAUUGUGGCUCAUACAGGUGGAAUCAGCUAUUCAGGGACAGAGGGGCAGAAUUACAGCACAUGUCUGACUCGCAUCACAUCGUGUCUCCUCCUUUGGUGAUGUGGAAAGUCACGAUGAGCUCAGGGAUGUCUGUUACUAAACAGCAGAAAAAGGGAGAAAGUAAUUGUUUGCCCCCUGCUCCUUUUGGAGGAGAAGAAAUUGUGAUCUUUUCUCUCUUUAUAUUUUUCUAACUAAGGGGGCUAAGUGCAUUUGUGUGGUAACUCUAGGGUGUUAGUCUCCCUGAGCACAGGGAAUUAUUUGAGGGAUUUGACUGUUACAACUUGCCAGGUUAGUCUGCCUGCAGGCUCCUGGGCCUGAAGUCUACCAGAUCUUUAACAGUUCCUCCCAACUGCACCCAGUAGACCAGGAAUGGGUAAUCCUGCUCUCACCUUGCUGGAAGACACUUUCAUGGCAGAGGUCUUUUUUUUUUUUUUUUUAAUAGUGUAUUUUUUUUUUUUUAACUGAAGUGUAAGCAAUAGAAAUACAAAGCCCUUCCUAGAGAAGGGAGUAUGGGAAAUUGGAUCACAGAGCAACAUUCCCAUACCUCACUAGAUAGGUAUUUUUAAAGUAGUUUUUAAAGUUAGAGGUCUGUGUGGCAAGGUGAGUAACACAGCUUGCCCAAGGGGUAAGAUGAAAUUAGAAUUUGAAAGUUUAGGAAGCCAGGAAAAAAAUAACCUCCACCCACCUGGAAAGGUACCCACUUAGGAUGUGGCAAGCUCUAACUCUUUUAUCAUCCAUCAUUUGUGGAUCAAAUAGCUUAGUGCAAGAUAGAAGUGCCUCUCACUUACACAAGAGGAUAGUAAUAUGACUUAAACUGACUUGAGGGAGUGGGCUAUUUUUGUGCUGCAGAAUCAACUCACUUAUACUCCAGCUUGCUUUAAGAAGUGAUGCAGAACUUAUAGGUCUCAACACUAUAAUGUUAAUACAAACUACAGCUGAGAGCUUGACACUUAGGUUAACCUCUAAGUUAAAAGUGUCAGUUUUCUUUUACAACCUCAGGUGGAGUUUGUCAGAUGUUGGCAAACUGUUCACACUGAUGCAAUCUCCAGAGCCAAACGCUAACUAGCUGUUAACCUUGGGAUGUUGGACUGUUGCUUUUGAUAUAUAAUGUUUUGCCUAUUAAUGACUUAUUCAUGGGUGUAAAUGCUGCAACUAGUUUCAGUUACUCUGAAUGCAAAAUACUUCUGCAAUCUAAAAACACUGAAUAGUAGUACUGUAUUGCAGUUGGAAUAAAUCUUGUCACUCUU